CAAUUUAAAUCUACAUCUUUAUAUUUAAACUUAACUUAUUAUUAUGAUUGUAAUCUGUUUUGUUUGCUAUUAAAUAAAUAAAUUAUAAACGAAUAAAUACUUAAUAGGUACUACGGUUUCGUUUAAACAAAUAUUGCCAAUGUUUGUUGAAAAUAAAACAAAAUACGUGAUCAAUCACCUCAUAAACAAGAUAAAAAAGCGAUUAUAUCUCAAACAAUCGAUUCUAUAUAAGGCAGGGGACACCAACAAAGAAGUUUACAUCAACUAAACAAUAAAACAAAUAUGGCCGCGAAGAAACGAGCAAUUGUAUCAAAAGCUGUAAAGGUGUUAUUUUAUUUCGCAUUAUUUAUAAAUUUAUCACAGAGCAUCAAUCUUGGUCUUCUAUCAGGCGAUCUGAAGGUUCCAAACCUAUCAAUAAACAAGUUCUCCCUACGCUCUAGUUUACUCCCAGACCUACCUCCCCUUCCUAAACUACCAUCUAAACCUCCCCCUCUAAAACUACCCUCGCUAACUUCAUCUUUAAAAUUUUCAAAAUUACCUUCUGUAAAAUUAUCAAAAUUAAAAACACCACUACUACCGUUUAUAUCUCCAAUACCUUUUAUACCUCCAAUAAUCCCACCAAUUUUACCAAUAUUACCUCUCCUACCUGUGUUACCACCUAUUAUCCCUCGCUUACCUCUCAUACCCCCUGUUAUACCUGGUAUCUCCCCUCUUCUUUUACCAAGUCCUUUCAAACCUUUGAAGGUACCGAUUUUAGGAAGGAGCCCUUUGCAGAAAGCCUUAAGUUCGGAGGUGAAGCCGGUAGUUCUACCUUCUACGAGUUGGAAAAGAAAAAGGAAUAUCAUGGAUAAACUUGUUGAAUUGAAGAAGAUAGGUUCACUGACCACUGGAGAAUACAUCAGAUUGAAGAAAUUGUUACUGUAAGAUGUAAAGGAAGGUGGAUUUUGUUUAGUUGUUUGACAUUGUGUGUUUGUGUUUCAAGUAAUCAAUUUGUAAUUAUUAUUUUUAUAACGUAUGUUUUUGAGUUUUCAUAUGAUAUUACUUCCUUUGUUGUUACUAUAGGAAUGAUUGCCUCUUGUUAAAAUCUUUUGGUAUUUAUUUAUUGUAGUUAAGUUGAAGAAGAAGAAGAAGAUGUUUAAUAUAAUAAAUAAAUUGUUUACUUAAAUGUU